AGCGAUGGAAGCGGGCCCCGUGGUGACAUCAAGGCAGCGCGAGGCGGUGGUGCACGGGGUCCCCACGGAGGUGGUCUGCACGGCCUUCUCCAACUCCGUCCUCGUGGUGGUCACGCAGUACGGCAAGAUGGGGACAAUCGUCUACGUGGACCCCGACACCGUGGGUGACAACGUGGGCAAGCCCUCGCUCACCACGAGGGUGCUGCUGGGCAAGGACGAGCCCCUUGUUCAUGUUUGUGCCAAAAACCUGGUGGCGUUCGUCUCUCAGGAAGCUGGGAACAAACCUGUGCUUCUCGCCAUGGCUUUAAAGGACAAGACCGUGGAAGGAAUACAAGCUCUCCGGGAAGUGAUCCGAAGUUGCCAAGUGUGGUGAAGUUGUGCCAUCUGGAUUCAAGGAAAUGAUCUUGAGUCCAUGACUCAUCACCACUUAUUUAAAAGGACAAGAAAUGAAAAUGAUGGAAUGUCUUUGUGCUGGUUUUGGACGUCCUGAGGAAUUUCAUGAAUUUUGUCUCUACUGUGUAGAACAUUUGUGGGUUCUGUUAACUGUGACAGGUUUGCGGUCCAUAUAGUCAAUGACAAGACAAGAACUAUGAUCUCAACGUUGAAGAGAAGUAUUAUUUUUAUCACGUUGGGUGGGAUGUGUGUUUGGGAGACGGCACGGCUCUGCGUUUGUGUCCUGAGGAGCGAUCGAUGCCAAGCUCCGUAGCUACGCUGUACCGCAAAGGGGGAACACCCAGUGCAGAGUGAAUAAAAGAAACAUUGACGAAUCUAAUUUUACCUGUUUUAUUUUUUGCUCUGUGAAAAUCACUUCCAACUGAAAUGCAAGCCUUGGUAACAAAUCAACAGCAAUUGCAUAAUAGGAA